UAGUGGGGUACUCGCGCGCCACCACUUCGCGCUCUAUCGCGACUGACGCAAGCCGCGCCCGCGCAACACGACCGCUACUUUCAAACGAGCCAAUUUCGAUAUUCAACUUUUAAAAAUGUAUUCGAAUGAAGUGAGGUGAAUCGAUUGAAACUGUUCAGUGAUUAUUAAAGUGCAAAUAAAAACAAGUGUUUUGGAACAAAUUUUUGUGAAGGAUUUAUUUUUUGUUAAGGAGCAACCCUUUACAAAUUCAAGAUGGGUUGCAGAUUGACAAUCGUGGACGAUGUCCUUAACAGAUCCUUCUACAAACUCGGUCUGGUCGUCGGGAGGCAGCCUGGCUACUUCAUCAUCAUACCAGUCCUCCUCUCACUACUCAUGAUCACAGGCUACCAAAGAAUCCAUUAUGAAAUGGACCCAGAAUACCUGUUCUCUCCCGUCAGUGGGCAAGGCAAAUACGAGAGGAGAAUAGUCGAGGAAAACUUCAAAGUCAAUUAUUCACACCGGUUUAACGUUGGAAGAAUAACACGAGCAGGGCGGUUCGGCAGAGUAAUUAUCGUGGCGAAGGAUAACAAUACGAAUAUGUUACGAACCGAAGUUUGGAAGGAGUUACGACAGUUAGACGAGCUCGUCCAAAACAUGACGGUGACCAUGCCGAACGGAGACACCUUCACUUACAAGGAAGAAUGCGCGCGAUGGGAAGGACAAUGCUUCACCAACGACAUUCUCAACUUGGACAAGAUUAUUGGCGAGGUAGAACGAGGCGAACUAAACUUGACAUUUCCCAUAAUGUUCAAUCCUGUAACAUGGGAAGCCCACGCAUUCCCAGUGUUCUUCGGAGGCUCCAAAGUGGUGGAUGACAUCAUAGAAUCAGUGCCGGCGGUACAGCUAGUUUGGUUUGUGAGAACUGACACUAAAGCACAAUUGGAAGGAAGAGGUGCAGCUUGGGAAGAUGCUUUUCUGGACACAGUCGGUAUAGCGGAAGACACCGGUCGCUUCAAACAUAUCUCCGUCGCUCGUUUUGCAUCACGAACCCUCGACCACGAACUAGAAAAGAACACGAGAACCGUCAUUCCAUUUUUCAGCUCCACUUUCAUUCUCAUGGGAAUAUUCUCCAUAGUCACGUGUAUGAUGGGCGACUGGGUUCGCUCAAAACCAUGGUUAGGUUUGCUGGGCAACAUAUCUGCUGUGAUGGCAACUGCGGCAGCGUUUGGAUGCGCCAUAUAUUUAGGCAUUUCCUUCAUUGGCAUUAACUUAGCUGCACCCUUCUUAAUGAUUGGUAUCGGGAUUGACGAUACAUUCGUGAUGUUGGCGGCGUGGAGACGAGCAUCUCCGAAGCUUCCAGUACCCGAGAGGAUGGCUAUCAUGUUGUCAGAGGCAGCUGUAUCCAUCACAAUAACCUCCGUUACGGAUAUGCUCUCCUUUUUUAUUGGUAUCUUCUCUCCGUUCCCGUCGGUGCAAAUAUUCUGCAUGUAUUCAGGUCUCGCCGUUUGCUUCACAUUUGUAUGGCAUCUGACAUUCUUCGCUGGAUGCGUAGCAAUAUCAGGCUAUCGCGAAAAACAAAACAGACAUACGAUAACUUGGAUGAAAGUGCUGCCCGAAUCAAGAGCCAGGAAAGAAGAAAAAUCAUGGUUAUACAGAAUGUUCUGUAGCGGAGGUAUUGACGCAGCUGACCCUGACAAUCCAAUAGAUAACAAGGAACACUGCAUCAUGGCUUUCUUCCGCACAACAAUGGCAGAUUUAUUGAACAACGGCUACGUGAAAACCCUAGUUAUCGUGGUCUUCAUUGCAUACCUAGCAGGAGCAGGAUACGGAGUGACCAAUCUCAAAGAAGGGCUAGAAAGAAGGAAAUUGUCCAAAGUGGAUUCAUACUCUGUUGAGUUCUUUGAUCGUGAAGAUCUGUAUUACAGAGAAUUCCCUUAUAGAAUUCAGGUGGUUAUUAGCGGCGAAUACAAUUAUUCUGAUCCAAUGAUACAAGAUCAAGUGGAAGCCUUAACGAAGAGCUUGGAGAAUACAUCGUACAUCUCAAAUUCACUGUAUACGGAGUCUUGGCUUCGAACAUUCGUUGAUUAUGUAUCGAGAAAUAACGAUUACUUGAACGUGACUAUCGAUAAUGAGGAUGAAUUCAUUCAGAACCUUAAAGAAUUAUGGCUGUUCCCAGCAAACCCAUUCUCUCUGGACGUAAGAUUCAACGAGGCAGGCAACCGUAUUGUUGCCUCAAGGUUCCUAGUUCAAGCAGUUAACAUCAGUGGAACCAACCACGAAAAGGAGAUGGUCAAAGCACUGAGAGAAGUUGUUGCUCAAUCUCCUUUGAACGCCUCCGUAUUCCAUCCAUAUUUCGUAUUUUUUGAUCAGUUUGAACUCGUAAAACCGACAUCUCUUCAGAACCUGUGCUACGGAGCCCUCAUGAUGAUGAUCACGUCCUUUGUAUUCAUCCCCAAUAUCCUCUGCUCUUUGUGGGUCGCAUUCAGUAUCAUAUCCAUUGAAAUCGGUGUUGUAGGCUACAUGGCACUUUGGGAUAUCAAUCUAGACUCAAUCUCAAUGAUUAACUUGAUUAUGUGCAUUGGUUUCUCUGUUGAUUUCACUGCUCAUAUCUGCUACGCCUACAUGGCAUCUAAAGCAAAGUCCCCUGACGACAAAGUUAGCGAAUGUCUCUAUUCCCUCGGAUUACCCAUUGUUCAAGGCUCAUUCAGUACAAUUCUCGGUGUAAUAGCAUUGCUCUUAGCUGACAGUUACAUUUUCUCAGUUUUCUUCAAAAUGGUAUUCAUGGUAAUAUUCUUUGGAGCUAUGCAUGGCCUCUUCCUACUUCCAGUCCUCUUAUCACUGUUCGGUCCUGGUUCUUGUACCCGAAAGAAAGAUGACAUCAAAAUGGCAAAGCUAGAAAAAUGUUACCCAAAUCCCUACUGUAUACCACACCCACAGCUUGUCUUAAAUGACCAAAUAUACAACGGAAAGAAUUUAAAUCCUAAUGGCAUUUACAAGAUCUAUGGCGAUGACAAGGAUCUAGGAAUAGGCACAUCAGGUGAAGACACCAGCGAAAGUAGUUCCAACCAGUCACAACGGCGGCAAAUAGGUGAUGAUGAGAAUAGCCGUAAGAAAUACGACGACGGCUGGAAACGAUCUAGUUAUUGUCAGAACUCUUCAAGCCAGUUCCAGCCUUCCGGCGAACUAGAUCUUUAUGGCCACGAUAUGGAUCGUAAUUGGCAACGACAGCGCUAUGAAGACAAUCGUCGAGUUUUCGAAAAUUACCGGAAACCUCCGACAGUGUCCCGGACGCGCGAUGAUGACUGGGUCUCAUCAACGCGAAAAUCUAGCGACGCCGGGCAGCGUCGCGAGGGUACCUACAGAGUGACGCGAGCUCACUCUCACCACAACAUCCACAGGUCGCGGGCUCCUCGCCGCUCCAACUCUCACCAUAACUUAGAACAUUUAGACUACGUCGCAGAAAUGCGUUUUCCCUGACAGUGACCGCUUACCUCUCUAAAUAAUGUUUAAAUUAACUCGAGUGCUCAAUUUAUGGACCAAAGUAUUAUGCUACUUUCGUAAAAACGAAAUUUGUAGUCUAAUUUCCUAGAAGUGAAGAACAAUAUUGUAUGAACACUUUAUCUUGAAGGUGUGAAGUGUUGUUCGGGAGUGAUACAAACUUGUUAUCAUUGUGUAAUUUAAGAAUAUAUAGGUACCCAAAUGGAGCUUUGACUAAAAGCCUUAUGCCAAAAUCAAAAUAUCUAUGACCACGGUCUACCUACACACUCCACAGCGGUGUUUGGUAUAGGUAAAUAGAUUAAUUAUCUUAAAAUCAUAAGUACCUUACGGAGUGAGCUGUGGGUAGACAGUGUUACAAAAGUAUAUACUAUUAUCUAUGUAAGGUUUAUAUUCAAGCGUAUAAAAGCUCAGUAGUACACCAAAGUACGAUCGGUUCAAUAACGACAUUAUCUGUAAGUAAGUUAUUGAUUCGGGAGACAAAAUGUAUGUAAUUAUAUUAUAAUCUUAGUGAAUGUAUGUAACUGGUAGUUUUAUAAGUAUUUCGAGAUUUUGGUACAAGGCUGAAUAAGGAGAGGUUAUUGAUUAUCGCUAAAUGCCUAGUAUAAUAUUGUGAAAGGCCGCCGAAAAAAUAUAUUUUGUUGUGCAUGUUAAAAUAAUAGAAAACAAACAAAAAUUAUUGAAAAUCAAUUCAAGCAACACUACUAUCAUUGAUCAUUGUGUCAAUGCAAAAAAGGAAAGUAAUCAUUGGAUCAUUUCAGCCUUCUAUGCAUUAUGUACAAAGCAAUAAGCAAAAUGAGGGAGUGGCCUAUAAUGACCGACAUAAAUCAAACUACAUAAUGCAAAUAUGAAAAGGAGCAAGUGAAACAUGUAACUUGUUUGUAAAAUAAUUUAUUACAACGUAACUAGUUCCUACAACUUAAGCAAAUAACUACUCUAGCAAUUCAGUCAGCACUUGCUUGCAACAAUCAAACAUAAUUUGGCAUCAAUAAGGUCUAUUAUUAUAUAAAACGUCUUUUUAGUGUGAUAUAAAUAUGGGAUGGGUGAUAUAUAAGAAGGUGUGUAAAUAAGUGUGUAAGGCGAAGGCGCAAUAACAACUUUAUGGAAACAGUUGCAUUUUAUUAACUAUCUUUUAAAACAAAUCAAACAUUUAAUAAUCGGUGGUUAUAAUCAGUUCGCGUUACUUAUGUAGUUAGCACAGCUAUUUAUUAUGCAGAUUGAUUCAAUACAGAUAUAGUAACCAUUGGUUGCCUACUGAACCGACCAAUGGCUACAGAUGUGGCUUGGUGAAAAACAAUAUUUAGUACAA